CAUGAUCUUAGUGUACAGAUACUCUCCGUUUGGUUAAGUUGAAGUCGUUCUUCAAAAACGAACGUUCCUCAAACGAAAUGAUAGUUCUGGCGUUAAUAGUCUUAUUACUUUGCAAUUUUGCUUCAAAUGAUGCCGCUAAAGAGUUCUGUGAGCAAGAUAUGUACGAAGCCAACUUUUACAAUGCUUCCAUACACUUACGGACUCUUGUCAUUUGGUUUCCAGUUGCUGUGGGUUCAAAAAACAAGUUAAAUAUGUGCUCCCUCAGCAAUGGCGAGCCUGUACAGCGAAAUUGUUACCGCAAUGGCAGUGGUGUUGACUGGGAAGAAAUUAAGAACUUUGACCAAGAUUUGCUCUUUUGCAGUUCCAUUAACAAUAAUUGUCACCCGGAGCCAUUUGAACAUAAAUAUCUAAUGAAAAAUAACAUUUCCAAAGCUCACACCAACUAUUGGCCAGCGGGUCGAAUAGGCGAUGUCGUGGGUAGUCAGGAGCCGUGUUUGCUACAAAAUGGUCAGCUACUGACAAGGGCAUGUGAAUACAAUGUCCAGCUUAUUCAAAGCGAAUGGAUGCCAGGCUCCUUCGGAAACAUUACCUGUUUGCACGAUGUCGAAAAUAAAAUUAUAACCCAGGAUCUGUAUAAGUUAAAUAAUGAAGUCGAAAUGAAAAAUGGAAAACUCAGUGAUGCGUAUGCCUUAAAAACUACAACGAGGCUAUGUGAUAUCUUGGAAAACGAAAAUACCUAUCGGAUACCAGCUGAUUUCCAAAUAUCCACAAAUAUUUUACAAACUGUAGUCGAGAACCACAAACCAGCGGAAUUAUUGCCAAAUAUUCUCAAGAUUGCCAAUAAUCUAAUGAAUAGCUCGGACAUUGUUAUACGAGACUCAGUUAAAUCCGGCACCUCGAAUAUCCUCCUCAAAACGGUGGAAACAUAUUUUGAUAGCGUCACAGAGACGGCAGUACCAACAUCCAAAUGUGACCGGAUUCCAAAUGGUGUACUCAUCAAAUCCGAAGGUCUUCUAACCGUUUUCUAUAUCAAUGCCUUGUGUUCGAAUGUUUCGGGUAUUGCAGUUUACAAUCGACAUGUUCGACCCAGCCUCAAAAUGAUGUACGAUGCCCAGUCGGAAUCGUAUUAUCGUUACCUGUAUAUGAAUCAAUCAAUAGAUGAUCUGAUCCAAGAGGACAAUGUCGAGGCAGCUGUUCAUUUACCCGAAAUUUUAUGGAAUUCAAAUGACAAACUUAGUACCGUGAAAAUUUCAUUAUAUCGUCGUAAUGCAUUAUUUGCCAGAUAUAACUAUCAACCGAAAAGUGUGGUACUGAAGGUUACGGUGCCAGAAUAUGUUGAAUUACCGGGUAAUGUAUCGCUAAUAUUCCGAGAUCAUCAGACGGAAAAAGAAACCCGAUCACUCAAUGGAUACGAAAAUCAACGGCACUGCGGCCAAUGGAAUUACGAAUGGUGGGAUUAUGGCAGGAACGGCGGAUCAGCUUUGGUUAAUUUUAAUGAUUUGGUUUUAUGUCAAACCACGAAUACCGUCUGGUUUGGCGCUCUUGUUGGCCUUGAUACCAAACCGACGUUUUCAAGCGACAACAUUGUGUUGCGUGUACUCAUGGGCUAUACCCUGGAUGUUAUUUCAAUAGUUGGAUGUUGCCUAUCUUUGUUCGGUCUGAUUUGCAUUUGGAUAACCGCCAUAUGCUGUAGGAAGUGGCGUUUGCAAGCCUCAAAUAAACUUCUGCUUAACAUGUGUCUCGUGCUCACGCUACUCAUGGCCUAUUUCCUGUUCAUAAAUCUGCCAGAUGCCCGAGACGGUAUUGUUAACUUAACGAAUCCCAACACUUGCAUAGCUGAGGGUGCCUUCCUGCAGUACAUCAUUUUGGUGCUCUUCCUUUGGAUGUUUUUCUUGGCCAUAUUACAAUAUCAGCGUUAUAUUGUUGUUAUUGGUGUACAAAAACCACAAUACUACAUCUUAAAAUAUGCUUUAGCCGCUUGGGGUCUACCGGUAAUACCCACCGCCUUGGUCUUGUAUUUCGAUAGCAAUUCAUACCUUCCUCUCUCGACUGGAUUUAACGAAAAUGCAUCCAUUUGCUAUCCGAAAGGUUUGAGCUUCAACCUCUCUCUGCUGUUACCGAUUUCGAUUAUAAGUAUUGCGAAUUCUGCCAUUUUCAUUUACAUUCUUGUCAGCGUCCAACGUUCGUUAACUAAAUUCCGAUCGAAAAAAGAUCGAAACAUGAUUUACAAACAGCUACGUCUAUCGAUUCUCCUGUUCUUUCUGUUGGGUAUAUCAUGGCUAUUCGGAUUGUUGGCCCAUUUGGAUCAGAGCGGAGUAUUGGCGUUUCUAUUCUGCAUCACGGCAACAUUACAGGGAUUUGUCUUGUUUAUAUAUUUUGUGGUGAUCGAUGAUAAUGUUAAGUUCUCGUGGAUGGUCUUCUACUGUGGCGGUCGGGAAUACGUAUUGACUGAGAAUCAGUCAUCACAAUAUACAUCAUCAACCGCAAUGCAGAAAUAAUUUUUUUUUGUAUUAAUUUUGUAGCAUAACGUUUUAAAUGUUUA